AUGUCACCUCCCCGACUGCGGACGAGCCUUCAUCCAGCUGUCCAACCUCCAACAGCACCUUCGGAACCACGACGCACAGGUGGAAAGGGCAAAAAACCGGCCAUUCCAUUGCAAUAUUUGCGGAAAAGGCUUCGCCACGGAGUCCAGUCUCAGGACGCAUACGUCGAAAGUGACGAGACUUGGUCAAAAAAAGGUACAGAUGAUCUUAUACAUAUAUGGGAUAAAAUGAAGACCCACGAAAAAUCUAAAGUCCAUAUGAAUAAUGUUUUUAGCUUUUCUAUUCUUGGUAAAUUAAAUAUAAGGACUCAACUCAAUUCGGCUUAUCGCAAUGAUCUAAUUAAACAUAAUAAUCAAGUGGAUAAGAAUCGAUAUGUAUUGAAUAAAAUUAUUAAUUGUAUAAGGUUUUGUGGAGUAUUUGAGUUAGCCUUAAGGGGUCACGAUGAAAAGGAAAAUUCGGAAAACAGAGGCAUAUUUAAGGAGCUGGUGAAUUUUAGCGCCGAAUUAGACAACGAAUUGAAAGUCCAUAUUCAAAGUGCCAAACUUUUCAAGGGUACCUCAAAAACAACUCAAAACGAGCUUCUUGAGUGCAUGCUAGAUGUUUAUCAUGAAGAAGUUAAGAAGGAGAUUGCAAAUUCUCCUUUUGUUGCAGUAAUUGCCGAUGAAACGACUGACGUAGCCUGUGAAUUUCAGUUAGUUAUUAUUUUCAGAUAUUUGUGUAAAGGACAACCAGUUGAGAGAUUUUGGAGAUUUUACGUCCCCGACGGACACGAUGCCAAAUCAAUCGCUGCAUGCGUUUUAAAUGUUGUAAAUCCAUUAAUAGAUCAAAAUCCAAACAAAUUAAUAGCUCAAAGCUAUGAUGGUGCGUCUGUUAUGAGUGGUGAAUUGAAUGGCGUUCAAAAGAUUAUUAAGGAAACUUAUCCACUUGCAAAUUAUGUUCAUUGCUAUGCACACCAGUUAAAUCUAAUUAUGACAAGCGCAUGCUCUGUCAAUAAGCAGGCUAGAAUAUUUUUCCAUAAUUUAUCUGGAUUGUGCUCUUUUUUUUCGACGUCUCCUCAAAGAACAAAAAUUUUGGAUGAAAUAGUUAAUCGCAGAUUGCCAAGAUCUUCCCAAACACGUUGGAAUUUUCAGUCACGAGGUGUUCAUACAGUUUAUGAAAAUAGGAAAGACCUGAUUGAAGUUAUGGACAAUAUAGAAAGUACUUCACGCGAUUCUUCGUCGAUUAAUCAAGCCAGUGGGUACAAAUUAAAGCUGCAAGAUACAAAUUUUGUAUUUUGGCUAAGUAUAUUCCAUAAAAUAAUGCCACAUGUUGAAAUUGUCUUUAACCAAUUACAAAAAGUAUGCACCGAUUCUGUUAAGGUCAAAAAUGAUUUAGAGAAUUUUGAAGCAGCAAUUCAAACUAUACGAGAACAAAUGGAUAGCAUUAUUGACGAGAUUGAACGAGUGCAGAGAGAAACUGAUGAACCGGCAAGAAAAAAAAGGCAAGUUGAAGAAGGCAGCAAAAAACGGGAAGCGUUAGAAAUAUGCGAUGCAGUAUUAUCGCAAAUAAGAACAAGAUUUAACUUUUCUGGGCAUUUAGUUGCUUCUAAUUUAUUUGUGUCUGAAAAGUUUUCUGUUUAUAAACAUCAGUUUCCUGAAGCACAUUUAAAUGACACAUGCACACAAUUUUCAUUUUUAGACAAAAACAGGCUUAAAACUGAGUUACAAGUAUUAUAUCAGAGAGAAGAAUUGAGUACUACUUCUGGAGCUGUUCCACUAUCCAUUUUAUUGAACGAGGAAGGAUUAAAUUGUACGUUUCAAGAAACUCUUAAGCUCUUAAGUAUUUUAAUCACUAUACCGAUGUCAACAUCUGAAGCAGAACGCUCUUUUUCAAUGCUGAAACGGAUUAAAACUUUCCUCAGAAACACAAUGAAGGAAGAAAGGCUUAGUGCUUUAGGAAUGCUGUCUGCAGAAAAACAUUUUGUUAGUGGCAUUGAAAAUUUUAAUAAUAAGCAACACGCAGCUCUGAUUGGUGGACCGAACGCCACCUCGUGUCCACUUUGCCACAAAAUGUUCCUCGGAGGUGAAGCCUUGAUGGAACACAUGAAGCAUACACACAAAGACCCCAAUGCUUCGGGGGUAGCCACGAAAAGGAGAACUGCCAAUCACCCAUGCCCGGUAUGCGGGAAACACUAUGUCAACGAAGGCUCUUUAAGAAAACAUUUAGCUUGUCACCCCGAAACAUCUCAGUUGUCCAGUUCCUUAAGAAUGUGGCCAUGUUCUGUCUGUCAAGCAGUCUUUACUCACGAAUCAGGGCUGUUAACGCACAUGGAACACAUGAGAAUGGACCCCAAGCAUCAGUUUGCUGCACAGUACGUACUGUCAAGAGCUGCUGCAGAAAGGAGAGAACGAGAAAGUCUGCUGGCAGCUGUCACGUCUGCGUCUGGUAGUGGGCUGCUUGGACUCACAGGAAUGGGACCAGGCAAUGGAAGGCUUUCAUCGGCAGGUUCGGAAGCUGGAGGCCUAAACAACAAUAACAACAACUGCAACACUAAAUUAGGUGAUAUCUUACGAAGUAAUAAUGGCUUGCAUCAGCAGUACAACGUGGAAGACCAACUGCAUACGGCGAACCGGAUGGCCGUGAUAGCCAACAUGGUGGGCCAAGGCGCCGGAGUGCCUCCCGGUCUCAGUUCAGAUCCCUCUGCAGCCGCUGCUAACAUCACCGCCGCAAACCUUGCCAACCUCGCCAUGCGACUAGGAGUCACACAGGCGAACCAAGUGAACAACUCCUCGAACCCAUCGACGCCUCCAGCGAUCGCGAACGCAGCCGACACCUUGUCCUUGAGCAUGAACGCGAUGAACGCGAUGCGGGCAUCCAUGGAUAGCAUCCGCAGCAUGGAUGCGGCGAUGCGGGCCGGAUCAGCGGCGGCUGUGAUGGACAUGAGCCAAUCGGCUGCUGCGGCUGCGGCUGCACAGCAAGCGCAGCAGGCGCAGCAACAGCAAGCGGAGGCGUUGCGGAUGCAGCACGCGGAAGCGCUCAUCAGGUCGCAAGCAGAAACCGCUCUAAGACUGGCUAUGAGUCAAGCGUUGCCACAACUUAACCAACAAGACGCAACCGCAGCUGCGACUGCCGCAGCUGCUGCCGCUGCUGCAGCUCACAGUCCACUGAGGCACAACGGUAACUAUCAGGGCCACCAAGGGCAAUCCUCGCAACAACUGAGUCCUGACAUUACAGAGGCUCUAAGGAUACAAGAGCAGAGGUUAGAACAGGUUAUGAGGUUACAUGGUAGUGAUCCACGAUCUCUAGGCUUUUCGCUGUCAAGUCAACAACAAAAUCAACAACCAUGAAACUUUAGCUAUUACUGAACGCAUAGUACGUAAGAAAUCGUUAAAACUGUUAUUUUUCAUGUGAAAUAGCAAACAGGACAUAAAAAGACACUUGAAAAUCAGCUACAACUGCUGCUAGCUGAAAUGACUACGUUUCUAAGAUGAAUAACAUGUCAAGCUUUAAGGUACUACCUAAACCAUACUCCAAAUAAGCAUACUAUUAGGCAAUAACAGGAUUUUUGAUUUCCGGACUGUUUACUCAAGGAAUAUUUUAACAGAAAAUACUUAUUAGAAUAUGGUUUUGAAUAUCAGUCGUCUCAGCUAACAGCUGUUGUAUAUUUACUUCGCCAUUUUUAAUUAUUUUUAGAAGAUAGAUUUCUUUACAGAACAAACUGGUGCUUUAUGUCAUUAUAUAAAAUACUGCUACUCAAGUUUAUUUUGUGCAUUUAAAUGAGUACAAAUUCAAAGUUUAGAGCCUAACAAUAGAGGAAAUGCUGCAAGAACCUGACGUAGUGCUUACAAUUAGUUGACAACAAAAUACAGUUAUUUCAGACGAGUUGACGUUACUGUACUACGAAUUUUUGAAAUGGCAAUAUUUUUAAGAUACAUCUAUCAUAUACAAGCUGGAAUAAUAGGAGAUGUACAUAUAUUCUCAAGAAGACCUUUAUAUAUAAUGAAUCACUAGAUUCUCAGGAAGAACAACAUUUUGAUCUUACUAUUUACAAAUACAAUCAGCAUUGCAGAGAAGGAACUUCUUUGCAACUAAAUUUGGUUAGCAUCAACUCUGGAGGCAGGAGGCAGUUCAAGAAAAAUUCAGUUAGUCCAACCACAAUAUCAGAGAAUUUCUUUGGUCUGCAAAUGAUUCAACCAAAUAGCCUUGAGAAGUCAUACUUAUAUGAACGAAAAUAACAAUCCAUCCAAAUUUUGAUUUUGGGCCAGUUAUGAUAGGGGCAGUUCAACGACCGUUUAUAAGAUUAAUGAUAAAAUUGAACCUAGCAAAUUCACAGCAUCUUAAACCGCAAAAAAUAUCAGUCUAAUCAUUAGCAAAUUUGUAAAGUCUCGUUUUAUUGGUGCAAGUUGUUCAAGGGAGUAUUCAAAACAUGGACUCAUGAAAUGGGUACACCAAUUUUUGUGGUAAAUGUGGUAAAUUGUUGUACCAAUUUUAUGCGUCCAUGUUUUAAAUACCCCUUUGAACAACUUGCAGCAAUAAAACCAGAGUUUACAAUUAUCGCUAACCAGGGGUAUUUUCGUCUAAUAUGAUUAGACUGUAUGGAAAUUUAAAUUCUGGAUCUUGUAAAAAGCUGAAAUGUAUCACGCGAUAAUCGAAAUUUACAAAACAAAAAAGUCUUAGCGAGUGUCUACACAGGAUAGACAUAUCUAAUAAACCCUAAAAUCAGGUACCUUCAAUCGGCGUGUGAAAAAAUAAGCCAUAAGCCCUAAGAGUGAUAAAAACAGGGAGAUAUAAGAUAAUAUAGGAUCAUAACUACGGAUGGCCCUUCUUGACCCAGAAUCAAUGAAACUGGAGAUAAAUUUUGUACCUUAAACGAUGAGGAAAACCAAUAUACGAAAGACUGACUAUCAAUUGGUGUGAUCUAUUAUUCAUUAAUAUACCCGAUCUUUUUUAUAUGCUAUGAAAACUAUAUGCUGUGUUCAGAACGCUGCAUAUACCUGUAAUAUUUAUAUGAACUGUUGAAUACUGAAUAAGAAAGAAUACAUACUUUGGCACAGUAAUAGCUCAGUGCCGUAAAAGCUCGAUAAAAACCUGAGUCACAUUUGCCAGUUAUGUUGACUUCGCUCGUUGAUAUAUGAAAAAUCUAAAAUUUGCCCGAAAAACUUUCUAAAAACAUCGUUGGAAUCAAUAAAUUCCUAUUCGCCAGCAACAUGGUUGAAUGUGACUCAAACUUUUAAUCGUGCUGUGAAAGAAAUAACAAUAUAUAUAACAUCUUAUAACCUCCUUCACAAAAAAACUACCAUCGCUGAAAUGCCAAAUUUGGCAAAUCGAACGACAAGAGUAGGUUCAAAAGUAUAACGUUUUAAAAUAUCGUGACAAUCGGUUUCGUCACCAAAUUGCAAAGCAUUAACCACUUUUUGGAGAAAACAUAUUCAUAUAAAUAUAAUCUAGUCAGAUUAUCGUUAUUACACCGUACUGAAAAUGCAUUAGUCUAUACUGUUUGGUUGGGAAACCAACUUGCGUUUGUUGAAACAUCAGUAAUAUCAGCUCUGUUGGAAUAACUUCAUCUAUUCGGUUCUAGCGUUUCCUCUAUCACGCUGUCCACAACAGAAUGUUUGCAAAUUUGAAAAAUGUUAUUCUUCUUCACAUCGAUCCCAUAAGAAUGACGUUAGGAAUACGAAAUUUGUAAAAUGUACAUGACGGCGUAUUAAAAGCUUACUAGAUUCAUGGUAGCCAAAACACAAUACCGAGUAAAGUUGAAUAUUUCGAAGGCAGGUUUGGAUAUCUAUAAUCCAGUAAUAAUCGGUAUAUCCAUCAAAAUCACUAUUCACGUUUUUAUAUUUUCAGCAUUUACAAAAAAAAAACAUUCUGUUGAUGAGCAUAUCUAUUCUGUAAUGAUUUAUGAUGAAAAAUGUGCCAAAUCAUUUUGGUUCUAUUACGUUUAUUGCGCUCAGUAUGUUUUAACAAUGGCUAGGCCAUAAUUUUAAUUAUUGAUGCACUUUAAAAGUGCCCCACUACAAAAAUCAUAAACAAUGUAUAGAUAUAAGUGUUAUAGAAGUACCUAAAUAUGGACAUUUGGGUAUUUCAAAACUACUUAAAGUUAGGUUGUACAUAAAAGUAACUAAUUGUUUCUAGAGUAUACUAUGUAUGAAUGAUAUAUAGAGAAAUUGCAAAACAAUUUUUUAAACGAAGAAAAAAUAUCGUAACCAGUUGAAAAAGAAUAUAUUUUUUGUUUUUUUCUUUUUUGUUUUUACUUUACUGUGAUUUUUUAUAUAUUUUGGCCGGUUUAAUGUAAUAAAUAGCAAUAACGUAAUCUUCUUUUGCAAUGUGUACUGUGAUUUUAUGAUAUAAAACUUAUAAUUUUGUUUUAUAUUUAUAAGAAAAAAAUCGGCUUUAAUUUUAUACCUAUUUUAAAAAAGUACAAAUACUUAACAGUUGUAAUGAAAAAACAGCAAAUCCAAAUUGCAUUUUGCGUUGAUUUUGUAUAAAUGAGGGUGUGAGUGAGAUUCAAACAACAGUUUGUAUAUUUUUCACAAAUUUUAAAGACAAAAACCGUACUUAAUUUCGUUCCAACCAUUCUUGCGUUUCUGGACAAUUUAUGAAAAAUGUGGUUUUAUACUUUGUACAUAAUUUAAAGUAAGAGCCUCUGUACAUAAGCAUCCCCCAACUUUUUUUGGGAAUGAUUCGAAAAGUUCCAGAAGAUUAUCACCAAAUGUUUUGACAUCAAAAAUCGGCGAUUAGAUCGAAGUUCAUUUGCAUUUUUGUCUGGGAAGCGAAAAUUACUGAUAUCAUCAGAAAAGGUUACUCGAGUUUAAUUUAAAAAAAAAAUCGUUCCGAAUAUUCCCCGGAAUAUCGAAACAUCUAUUUGUAGAUCGCAAUGCAUUUCGUAUCCAUAAAAAAGAAUUGCCUCCUAAAAUAUCUCAGAUACAAAUGCUAUAUUCUAUUUCAAAAAAUAUCCCUUUACACUUUUAGCUAUUUGAAACAUGACUUUUCGAGCUCAUUUCCAAAAAAAUAUCUUGUUCCACAAUUAUCAAUAGCCAUAUAUAGUCAAUAGUUGCUAAAGUAUUACAAUAGUAAACGGUAUUUGUGCCGUACUUCCCCAAAAAGUGACACACCAAAGACAUUUUACACACACUAAUCCAUAAAUGUGUAAAAUUUCGUUACAGAUGCAUAAAAGUUUUGUUCGUUAUAACACCCCCAAUGGAAUUGAGUUCAAAAUUAUCUCAAAAUUUAUAUUUUAGAAGACAUAACGAAAAAACGUAUUUUGCGGAUAAAUUUUAGACGAAUAUCUGACUCCGAGCGAUCUUAGGAGGUGCCACAUUCCGGGACGCAAAAAAUAUAUCAGGCAAAUCGUUUUUUGAAUGUGAUACUUGAGUUAUAUCAGCGCAUAAUUUCGAACUGUAAAAGGCAUCUCGAAGUAAAGGUACAGAAUGGCUUUUGUAUCAUAUUAAAAAGCAGUAAAAAAAAAUUUGGCAUAAAUUUUUGACUUCCUAGGAUUGCUCGUAUUUUCUGGGUGUGAAUUUUUGGCAGGUUCCUCAAUCGGGCUGCUUAGUCGCUUGGGUGAACUUGUCAUCUUUUAUGCAGCAAUUGCCCAAAUAUGACGUCGCAGCAUUUCAGCUGCGUAAUUAAUAUUUUACCCGGACUUGACACAGAGAAUAUGUAAAAAUACAAUAAAAAAGUGAAAUAGCCCGGUUGCACUAAGUGCUUCAAAAUAUUUUGCCCACUAUAAUUACCCAUAGGUAAUUAUCACAUUGAAAAAUUUUACAAUAGCCCAAUCAAAAGUUGAUUUUGAAAAAAUUCUCGCAUUAUUCUGGAUCUCGGUGCGUUUUUAUUUUCAAAAACAAUUAUUGAAUUCAACAUUUUAGUAACCCCGAAGUAGGCGGAUUCUCGUUGCAGGCUCCGCUUGCCUUUUAGUGUAUUUUACAUAAAUAUUAAAGUCUAACUGCCCGAAUGGACAAAUAUUUAUUGUAAAAUUACCAAAAAAAAGUUUUUUUUGCAAUAGCCCACAAUACAUGUGCGACUUCCGCACGCCAGUUUUCAAUUUAUAACCAUAAUAAGUUGCGACUUUAGUUCAAAGUUUUUUGAGCUGGUUUUCUUGCAAAUGCGCGUCCGAACGAGACCCAAAAAAAAUGCUCUAGAUGUGCUCCCCCCAGUGCAGUGCGUUUUAAGAUCUAGAAAUCUUACGUGCUACCUCAAAACCAGAACGAACUGCUCGAAGUAUUUUUCUAAUUUUGGGACGUAAUGAAUACAUUUUUGUCUUCACUGUAAGUCGUUUUUAAAAUAUAAAUUGCCUAUUUGAAAGUAGACUGCUUAUCAGAAACAAAAUUGUUAGUUAUUUAUGUAAUAACUAUAGUUACCGGAUUAGAAUAAAGAGUUACUAAAGCCAUUGGCGUCUUCAAAAAAAUGUUCCUAGAAAUUGCUCAGUCAAGUUUAAUCGACUCUUGCGUUAUUGAGGUAGCCGAUAAGAUUUUAAAGUCUAUCACUUAUGUAUUAGCUGUGUAACCUUCACGUUAAAUGUCAUAUUAAACAGAUUUUCGAAAUUAUAAUUAAUACGGUGCCAAAUUUGCAUGCUACGAGUAAUAGAAAAAAGUAUUUUUUUAGAAAAUUUAAAAAUACAACGCAAAAUUUGACAGGUCAAAUUAAGUAAAAUAUUUAAAAUUUGAGAUGAGUAAAAUUAAAUAUAAAUGUGUUCAAUCAAUAAGUUAUACAGCUCGUUCUCAAAAUGUAAUAAAAAUUCUAGAACCCAUGUGAAAAACUUCAAGAGGAGUGUCUAAAAACGCAUUACUUCUUCGACUGUGGUCUGGCAAAAGAUAGAAGAAAAUCAAUUUUGUAUCGAAAUAAUUUGGAAAAUUUUUGCAAAUCAAAAGCUCAAAAUAAACUUGCUGAUCCAAGUGGUAUCAGUGAAUAUGGUAAAACAAAUUCUGGUCUACUUUAAAAACAGAAAUUUCAAUUCUGGCAAAACAAAAUGCUCGAAAACAAACACAGAUAUUUUGUUUAUUAAUAUUGCGUUGUCAAAAAUAUAUGUGUACCUUACAUUUAUAGUUUCCUCGCAGAUAUAGCAAGUCCUGAUGUACCCCAUAGCUUGUAGAGCAGAUAAGCUAAAAAAGCUCCUCGGGCCGUUUGUGAGAAAACUGGUUCAUUUAAAUUUUCAGUUAAAAUGCAAUAGUCUAAACGCAUGGGAAAUCUCUUUCCUAUGCUAUACAAAAAUUCAGAUAUACCACACUUCAGUUAGAGUUUUUUAGUAACUGAUUUUUCGUGUAAAUAUUGGGCAGGGUUGUUAGUAACAGUCAGACCAAUAUUUAACGGCGAAGAUGUUACAUUUUACUUUUUUUACAAUAAAAUAUUCAGAUUUACAAAUAUCACAUAUGCACACAUUUACACAAAAUUUUUCGGAAAAUUUUGUAAAUACGACAUUUUUCAUUUUACACACACGAGAAAAAUCGAGAAUUUCAAUCGGACGUUAUUCUUAUAAUUUUUUUUUAUUUCACUAUAAGGCGUAGUUGGGAGUUCCGAAAAUUCAAGAUCUGACGCUACCACUUCAUUGUUGUUUACUCAAUAAAAAAAUACAUGCCACCCAAAAGCUCAAUAAUGGGCAUCUGGAUCACAUAGUUAUCUGAUCUUGAAAAAGCGGAAAUAUCCGAACUAUAGUCUUUCUCAAAAAUUUCAAAUUUUUCGGCGGGUGUUUUCUUUAUGAUUUUCCAAAUUACACAUAUAAACACCUUUAUAUAUAUACAGUCUAAAGUCACUUUUGGGAGACACACACUUUUUGGCCUUACAAUAUAACAAAAAAACAGUUGGUAAAAAUUCAGCAUGAUUCAAUAAAACCACAUAAUAUAAUUAAAUAUUGUAGUUUACAAUGAAUGUUAGUUAAAAUUGUUAAGUUACGUUACGUUUUUGUACACGUCAUGUUAAAUAAGUUCAAACUGACUGACAAGUAAUUUUAAGACCUCCGAUUUCGCUCCGCACAAAUUAUUGAUAUAGACCAUUUACAGUCAAUUCAGAUAUUAUGGUUAAGAAGAGUCAAAAUUUGCCAAUUCAAAAUUACCAAAGGUCAUAGAUAUUGAAAAUUUUAAUAUGUACUUUUUUAUGGUUACAACCUUUUGAACUCAUUAAAAAUACGUAGUCUAGGUUUUUGCGUCUAGAAAAUUGUAACAAACACAUUCAAAUUUACUAUUAAAAGAUUUGAAAAAAUUAUGAAUGCGCAACUUAAAAUUGUGGUGAACGCUACAACGAUAAUACUAUGCUAAGAGGCACAUCAUUCGGUAAUAAUUAAAAUUAUUCUGGCUUAAAAGUCAAAAUUGUCACAUAAUGAAGUUUCGUGUCCAUAUUAAAAACGUAGGAAAAUGAAGUUUUUCACAUUUCUAAGUCGCAAAACCCAACCUUUGACAACGAUUCUUUCAUGUAUAAGAAGUUAAACCUUGGCAUAGGAAGCAACAUCCUACUUCGAUGAAUAUUUGCAAAAUUCCCGGUCUGUAUCACAGCAACCUUGCAACUUUCGAAAAUACCGAAAUUCCGAUGUAUUACAAUAAAUAAAAAUUGACGGUUCGCCAGCUUUUUUGCCAUAAUAACUGCACUAGAACGGUAUAGAUAAGUGUUGUUUUAUUGUUAAAUGAUGUAGUUCAAUAGUGUUAACAGAUAUACAAGUUUUUUAUGUUAGUUUCUCUCAGUCUGCCGAAACGUCAAUAUCGCAUAAAAGGUCUUAAGAUUACUCAAAUUGAAAAUAUGCCAUCAUCACCGGUGCUAGAAAACGUCUUUAAUACGUAUAAUAAUGAUCUCUCACUGAUCUACAUCAACGCUAAUAAUUUACUCUUACUCUUUACUGUCACCCUUAUCGUCAUUUGAUCAUAAACUUAAAGAGUGUGCUCCAAAAAAAUGUAUACUUUCGUACAUUCAUACUGCAACCCUAAUUCGAAAGACGCAGCAUAUUUUCAGAAAUGUUAGGCGACAGUUUGAUGCUCCAGUUUUCGGAAACUACAGGUGAUGUUGGUAUGAUUUUCAGUUUUCACUCAUCUCAUGUGUGUAAACUUAACAGUAAUAUUUAAACAUUAUGAACAUAUUAUUUACCUGUUCAUUUACAAUAGUUAUGUUUAAUAUGCUUGUGCUAUACAAUAACACUACGUAUUUUUUGCCGGAAAAAAUCCUCCUUUAAGACUUGUACGAUUUCCUGUACUUCACAUUUUCCGAUUGACGAUUGCAAAUCAGCUGCUAUGGAUUUUUUUUAUAGGAAACGUACAAUGUUGUUGGCUAAUCCUUUUUAGUUAUUACAUGUGAAUGUAUCUACAGUGUUUUUCAUUUAAUACUAUUUAUUGUUUACCUUAUAUAUUGUAUACGUUAUUAUAGUGAAAUUUAUUUGAUGUUUAAAAAUUUACAAUACCGUACGAUACUUUCAUAUUAAUAUAUUUUUACUAACUUUGUAAGAAAAUUUCAAAACAGCGAAAAACUUGAAGCUGUAUUAUACAUAUGUUUCGUGUUUUGAGUUUUCUGUUUUAAAUAAUGUUUUAGAUUUAAGAGUUUGUAUGUUAUAGUUUUUUUAAAUGUUUUUGCCAUUUUUUAUUUAAAUUGACUGCCAUUUAAUUCUUAACUUAUACUUGCUUUUGUAGUUAAUUUUUAAGUUCCUAUAUUAUACAUUUUUUGUAACUGUAGAGACAUCGCAGACUUCUUUUGGUAUGAAAGACUGCAUGAAAGGGAAGAAAAUCUUUCAGAUAUUAUUCUUAUAUGAAAAUUCACCAUUUUGGCAGUAUUAUUUAACAAAAAAAUUGUAAAGAAAUGAAUAAUUAUUUAUGAGAAAAUUCAUUUUGGAAAACUGUUUAACAGAUACGAAAUUUGUGUAUUAGAGCUAAAUCUAAAAUAAAUAAUUGUUUGUUUCUAUAUUGUAAUAUGAAAAAUUAGGUUUAGAAAUGAAUUAUCUGUGAAAUUCAAGGCAUUAAUAUAAAAUCUAAAAUAAUUUGUAAAAUAUAGAAUAAAAAUUGUGGAUUUAGAAAAAAUUGUUGCAAUGUUUUUGUUUUAUUCAAAAUAAAAUUGAUGUAUGAAAUGUAUGUGUGACAUGUAAUAAUUCUAUUUACUGGAAAUAGCAAACAUUAAAAAUUACUAA